UUCUUCCUAAAAAUUCAAUUCAGCAAUCUAUUUUCAUUUUACUGAAAUUCUAAUUGACCAAUCAUGAGAUUCAGAAAAGGUAGCAAAGUCGAGGUGUUAACCAGGACCGAAGUUCCAACCGGCGCGUGGCGCUGUGCCGAGAUUAUAUCCGGCUACGGUCACAGUUGCAGCGUGAAGUACGGUUGGUUUCCGAUGACCGGCGAGGCGGGUUCGGUGGAGAGAGUGCCCAGGAAAGUGAUCAGGCCUUGCCCUCCUCCUAUUAACAGGACCGACGAUUGGGUUCCUGGCGACGUCGUGGAAGUGUUCGACGAGUUAUACUGGAAACCGGCGGUGAUCGUUAGAGCUUUCGGUGGAAACAACUUUUCCGUUAGGAUUAUUGGAUCGAAUAGAGUACUCAGUGUACAUCAAUCUCGAUUGCGUGUACGAAAAUCUUGGGAAGAUGGCAAAUGGUUCCUUGUUGGGAAUGGCUCGUCGAAUUCGCCUGGACCAUCGAAGAGGAAAAGAUCUUCGCCUGGCUUCUCGGAUGCUGGUGGAAAAAAGACGAAGGUGAUUGAAAAAGGUAGUAUUGGUGGUCAAAGACUAAUAGUGCGCAUUCCUUGUCCAGCUUCUGAAAAGGUAGAUGUGUUUGUCUCCCCAAAUAAUAUACUGGCUGAAAGAUGUACGCCUUCUUCCUUUUGUAGAAUUGAUGAUACCAGUGAUACCUUGAGUUGUGCAUCGUCUGUUGGUAGCUGUAGUGGUUUAGGGAAUAAUGGUCUUAACUUGUCUCCUACUUAUGUAACAAACGGUUGUGAGAACUUGGAGGAUUCUUCUAGCGUUGUCUACUCUUAUUGUGAAAGGAAAUGUGGAGAAGAAACUAGUUCGGUUGCAUUAGUGAAGGAUUGGGAAUGGAUUUCCGCAGUUUGGAGUUACAUGCCUAUCAGCAGGCCCUUGAGGCAUUGUAUGCUUCUGGGUCUUUGACAUGGGAAGGAGAAGCAAAGAGUAUCUCAUUGUCACUGUUGGAGGCAUCUAUACAUAGCUUCAAAAGCCAUGAUUGGGGUUAAAUUUGGCACCUCUUGCUGUUGACCAGUGGGCAACAUCUAUGCUUUAUUCCCCAAUGGAUCCCUUAAACCCUGCUUUUGGUACGGAUAUUUUUAUAUAUCUUUUUGAAUUUUGGUUUGCCUUUUUAAAUGCUGGUAUAGGUCAUUUAUCUGUUGCCGCUGCUGAUAAAUCAAGAUAAUCUUAAAAAAACACCCUUCAGUUUUAAUUUGUAAAUCGAUAGGUUGCAGUUGCAGUUAAAGAAUUCAAGUUGUAAUAACCAUAAAUUUGUGUUUAUCUGGAUGAACAUAUCCAAUAAUAGAAUAUUUUAGGCUGCAUAAUUUAUAAAUUGCUCUGAACCUCCCUACUCUAUGUGG